AUGAACGCCCCCACCGCAACGGAGUUUGCGCCGCGAUCGCCGUCGGCACCCUUGGAAAUGUCUCCCGAGCUGUCUCAAAAGCUGGAGCAACGGGGACAUAGCUUGAAGAGCAGCUCUAAUACCAGUGAUGCAAAGAGUCUGUUUGCGACCGUCGUGGCGGUCUCUUCCAAGUUGGAGGAGGAAGACGAGAACACACCCAAGCCACGAGAAUCCACAACAGCGUCCUUGUUGAAUGCCGUCAUGAUCGCUCCUGUCACCAAUCAAGUCAUUUCAGCUCCUACCACAAUGGACCUCCACCUGAUGAAUAAUCAAGCCAAGAAGAACGAGCCAGGGAUUGGUGACAUUAAGAAUCUCUUGGGAGGCUUGGACAUUUCCUGUUCGCGCGCUUCCGCAACAGCAGGAGGAUCAGGUGUAGGUGAAGCAAUCCCCAAACCAACCUCUCUGGCAAGACAAGUCAGUGCUCCCUCAGCUCCAAGCAGUCGUCUCCCCGUCUUGGCAUUUGCUGGUGCAACCCAAAGUCAAGACGACGCAUUCCUUGCGUUGUUCACCAAAACUAACAAAGUGGAAAAACCAGGCACAAAACAAAAGACGUCUCGCACGUCGUCUCGUGGCAGUAAUAAUACCAGCCCACCCAAACGGCAGAGCAAGUCAACGAUCCGCAAGUCCAAGUCCGUCGGAUCCUCUGCCGAUUCGCCACCAAGAGCCAGAAUCAGUACUGGAUCCAAAGAAUACUCGGCAGCACUGCGCAAGUACAAGAAACAUCAAGACAACCAAGAAGAAGAGGAGGAUCAACCCAAAGGACGCGCCAGUACCGGCGGAAUUUUGCGAAACCACGGGGAUAUGAUGGACGAUACCAGUGAAGACGACGACGAAGAAGAAGCUAGCACGAGCCAAUCUGUUGGGGACACCGAAGAGAGCAUUGUUGACAAACACGAAAAACAAAAAGCCGUUAUCCAGUCUCUCCGACAGACAUUGAGUACAGGAAACUAUGUUGUGCCCUCCUCCACGAUCAAGAAACCUAGAAUGCGAAAGACAAAAAGCCUGGGAGAUCAACAAGAACCAGAACAAGCUCCGAGCCACAGAAAGUUGUCUCCCAAACCAAGAAAAUCUGCCAGAGAGGCUGGAAGGCCGAGCAGUGGUCGAAAGGGACGGAAAUCGGCUACAAGUCCCAAGCGGGGCAGUAAUAAGGGCGGCAGUCCCACCAAGCGAGAAAGCACUGAUGGAAGCCCCAAGCGGGCCAGUUCAGAUGAAUCACCCAAGAAGCCAGAGAGAGCUUUAGACGAAGCUCCCAAGAAGAGAGAAAGUGCAGGAGCCCGAACAAGUGCGGCCAAGCGAGAAGGUAGGCGCAUGCGUCGUUCCGAAAGUUUCACCGCGAGGACUUCUUCGUCGGCUACCGAACAGACGAAGCAACGACGUCGUCGAGCUGGGAGCGUCGAAGACCGUCGACGCAAGGGUCCAGACACCCUCGGCAUUUCCUCGAGCAGGAAUAGUAGCAAAGUGGUACAUCCUCCUCGAUUGUCACGUGCCACAUCGGAACCAGUGACACCCUUGACGGAUCCUCGCAACCCAGCAUCGAUUGCACUAGAUGGUUCCAAUGGAGACGAUGAUGAAGACGACGACGACAACCAUAGGACGAUGGAUCAUUCGGCCAAUACAAGCAUUACGGAGCGUCGUCGGCGACGAAAAGAAAAGCAAAAUACCAAAAUGGACGGCAGCAGCAGAACCCAUACACGCCGUACUAGGGGUGAACGAUCAGCCAACAACAGAAGCAGUGGCACUUCUAGUCCACCGACAAAAGCGAGAUCUCCCAAGCGUGGUCCGUCCAACCAGGCUAGCAGCGUCGGCAAGUCUCCUCGAAACGGCAGUCGUAAGAGGGACCCCCAUGCUGUCCUUCAGAAUCAAUUGCAGCAGGCUGCACAUCACAUGCCGGCGCUGGGUCCGUAUGCGAACGCUGCCGAUGAAAUCGACGAAGAAGAACUGUAUGAAAAACCCAAAGAACACAAGUCUGAGACCAGACGCAAGUCCGCGCACCCCAAGGUGCAACAACCACAACCAGAGGAGCAGAAGGACGGCUGGACCACCUACGUGUUCAGUACAGCCAUGGAUACAGCUAGGGCAACGGCAGCAGGGCUGGGAGAUGUAGCGACAACCACCGUGAACGUUGCAGCGACAGCCACUGCGGAACUUGGAGAGGUUGCAGCUGAAACAACAGGUGUGUUCCGCACCACUUCGGGCACCAAUCUGAUGGGCAUGUUGCGCGGCGGAGGCGGAGAGUAUGACGCCCAACCUGACUCACCGACAAAGUCAAGGCGGCGAGACAGAAACAAGAACGCAAAGGUCCCCCGUACCCGAUCGGGUGGUAAUCUUAUGGGUCUAAUCCGCGGAGGAGCAAGCGGUGGCGAGGAGACAUCCGUCUCGUCAAGUGUCAAGAUGGACGAUGAUAGUAGAAGAAGAAAGUUCUUUUGA